AUGAGGACAGGAAUUUGCAGCAUACACCUUCAGGCUCUUACACCAGAGGCUACAACCCUUGUUAAACAAGCUGUUAAUCUUGCCACAAGAAGGGGUCAUUCUCAUGUGACUCCUCUCCAUGUUGCUAGUGCUAUGCUUGCAACCUCCACUAGCCUUCUCCACAAAGCAUGCCUUCAAUUCCAUUCUCACCCUCUUCAAUACAAGGCACUGGAGCUUUGCUUCAAUGUUUCCCUCAACCGUUUGCCAGCAUCCACACCAAGCCCUCUUUUGUGUCCUCAAUAUUCCAAUCCUUCACUUUCUAAUGCUUUGGUUGCAGCAUUCAAACGUGCUCAGGCUCAUCAAAGACGUGGAUCUAUUGAGAACCAGCAGCAACCAAUUUUGGCCUUGAAAAUUGAGGUGGAACAGCUCAUAAUCUCUAUCCUUGAUGACCCUAGUGUUAGCAGGGUCAUGAGAGAAGCUGGUUUCUCUAGCACCCUUGUUAAAAGCAGGGUUGAACAAGCUAUUUCAAUGGAAGUUUGUUCACAACAACCUACUUCUAGGAACCAGUCCAAGGAAGUUAACACUAAACUUCAAGUUCUUGGUAGUAACAAUGUGUCCCCAUCUAGAUCUUUUGGUCAAUUUGGGGGUUCAUUUUUCAAGUCUAUAGACCAUGCUAAUAAUGAUGUAGACGAUGUAACUAGUGCUUUGAGUGAACUUGUGAGUAAGAGAAGAAACACAGUCAUUGUUGGGGAGAGUCUUGCCAAUGCUGAGGGAGUAGCUAGGGGAGUGAUGGAUAGGUUAGAGAGAGGCAUUGUUCAAGGAGAAUUGAGGUAUGUGCAAUUUGUGAGUCUUCCUCUCAUCUCCUUCAAGAACAUUAGUAAGGAGGAAGUUGAAAGGAAACUUGUGGAGCUUAGAAGAGUAGUUAAAAGCUGUGUGGGGAGAGGGUUUAUUAUUUACUUGGGUGAUCUUAAAUGGUUGUUUGAGUUUUGGUCAAAUUAUUGUGAGGAAAGAAACGACUACUACUGUUCUGUGGAGCAUAUGGUGAUGGAACUUAAAAAAUUGAUUAGUGGAAAUGGGGAGAGUGGUAGACUUUGGCUAAUGGGGAUUGCAACUUUUAGAACAUACAUGAAAUGUAAAAUAUGUCACCCCUCCCUUGAAACUAUUUUGCAGCUUCAACCCUUUACAAUUCCUGUUGGUAGCUUGAGCCUUGGUUUAAACUUCGAUAGUGAUUUUCAAACUCAGGAGAGAAGGAAGGUAAUAUUCAAGGAUGAAUCUUUUGAAGAUCGAGCCAAAGUGCACAAAUAUCUAACAUGCUGCAGAGAUUGCUCACUGAAUUUUGAGAAAGAAGCUCAGAGCAUUCCAAGCAGUAUAAGAAAAAAAGAAUGCACUUCUAGCUUGCCAACAUGGCUCCAAAAUUUCAAGGAAGAGAGAAGUCUCAUAAUGGAAGAUCAGGAAAAUCGCAAGCUUAAGGAUAUCUGUAAGAAAUGGAACUCAUUUUGUAGUUCAGUGCAUGGUCAUGCUUCCAAUCUUGAGAGAAAAUUUUGGCUUGCUUCAUCCUCUCCUUCAUCCCCUACUUCUGUCUCUUCACAUGAGAAAAAGUCUAGCUUGUAUCUGAGCCACCGAAAUUGGCCACUCAUAUCUGUACCAAAAGAAGUACCUAAAGAAUGUGAGUUAUACACUGAGACUAUUAGUGAUGAUUGCUAUGAAGGAAACUUGAUAAUGUUCAUGCCAGAAAGAAAUGUUCCUAAGCCAGAUCUUUUGUCAAAUCCAAACUCUAGUCCCAACUCAGCUUCUUCAAGUGAGGCAGUGGAUGGUUUGGAUAGCACUCAAAUGUUCAAGGAGCAUAAUGCUGAGAAUCUGAAGAUUCUCUAUGAUGAAUUGGAGAAAAAGUUUCCACAACAGAAAGAAAUAAUUAAGGAGAUUGCAAGCACUAUCCUUCUUUGCAGGUCAGGAAUAAAAAAAGGAAAGAGUGAAUUAGUGAAGAGAGAUGAAAAACAGGAAACUUGGAUGUUCUUUCUAGGUGUGGAUUCUCAUGCCAAAGAAAUGAUGUCAAAAGAGCUAGCUAAAGUUAUUUUUGGCUCUUAUAGUAACUUUGUCUCCAUUGGUACAAGCAGAUUCUCUUCCCCAAGAGCUGAUUCCACUCAUGAGGAAUUGAAAAACAAAAGACCAAGAGAUGAGUUUGGUAGCACUUAUGUUCAGAGAUUUGGGGAAGCAGUGAAUGAGAAUCCUCAUAGGGUGUUCUUCAUGGAUGAUUUGGAGCAAGUUGAUUACUUUUCUCAAAAGGGUGUUAAGCAAGCAAUUGAGAGUGGAAGUAUAACACUUCCAGGUGGUGAAUCUGUACCUCUCAAGGAUGCCAUUGUCAUUUUCAGUUGUGAAAGCUUAAAUUCAGUGUCAAGAACCUGUUCUCCUGCAAGAACUACUCCAUCUGCUGAAAACAAAGGGAAAGAGAAUAAUGAUAAGUUGGAGGAGAAAACUCUAUGCCUCUCUUUGGAUCUGAACAUAGCGAUUGAAGUUGAUGCCCAAAAUGUGCAUUUAGCUAGAGAUACUGGGAUCCUAGAGUUAGUUGAUAAGCAAAUUAAUUUUAAAAUACAAGAACUGUGA